GCCAAGCAUGUUGCUACUAAAUAUGUUGUUGCUAAAGAGCCAUACAAAAUCCCUUUUUCUACUCUGCCUUCAAUUAUUGCUAAUCUUAGCAAGCAGUGCUUCAGUUAAUGGAGUUGAGCAGAAGAACUUUUACAUUGUUUUCUUGGGAGCUCAUACACAGAGCAGAGGAAAUACACUUGAGACCUAUUUAAAUGUUCUAUCUUCUGUGAAGGGAAGCUACCUUGAAGCCAAAGAAUCUAUGGUGCAUAGUUACUCAAGGAACUUCAAUGCAUUUGCUGCAAAACUGUCAGAAGAUGAAGCCAAGAAGUUAUCUGCCAUGGAUGAAGUGCUUUUAGUGUUUCAAAAUCAGUACCGUCAGCUACACACAACAAGAUCAUGGAACUUCAUUGGGUUACCUCCAACAGCCAAAAGAAGAUUGAAAGUAGAAAGUGACAUAAUUGUUGGUGUUAUAGACACAGGGAUCACACCUGAGUCUAAAAGCUUCAAGGACAAUGGAUUUGGUCCUCCACCAGCAAGAUGGAAAGGAUCUUGUGGCCAUUAUGCUAAUUUCUCAGGCUGCAAUAAAAAGCUCAUAGGAGCCAAGUACUUCAAGGCUGAUGGAAACCCUGAUCCAUCAGACAUAUUAUCUCCUGUGGAUACUGAUGGACACGGCACUCACACUGCAUCAACAGUUGCAGGAAAUCUGAUCCCAAAUGCAAAUCUCUUUGGGUUGGCCAAUGGGACUGCUCGAGGUGCAGUGCCAUCGGCAAGAUUGGCAAUUUACAAAGUUUGCUGGUCAUUAAGUGGAUGUGCAGACAUGGACUUACUUGCUGCAUUUGAUGCUGCUGUACAUGAUGGUGUGGAUGUCAUAUCUAUUUCCAUAGGUGGAGGAAAUCCUAGUUAUGUUCAAGACUCUAUAUCAAUUGGUGCAUUUCAUGCCAUGAGAAAAGGUAUAAUCACAGUGGCCUCAGCUGGAAAUGCUGGUCCAAGCUUGGGAACUGUAACAAAUACUGCACCAUGGAUUGUAACUGUAGCAGCAAGUGGCAUUGAUAGGGCCUUCAAGAGCACUGUACAGUUGGGUAAUGGAAAGAAUUUUUCUGGGGUAGGUGUGAGUUGUUUUGAUCCAAAAGGAAAACAGUAUCCUCUUGUCAAUGGGAUUGAUGCAGCCAAAGAUCCAAAAGACAAGGAGGACGCUAGUUUCUGCUAUGAAGGCACCUUACAGCCAAAUAAAGUGAAGGAAAAGCUUGUUUACUGCAAAUUAGGAGCAUGGGGCACUGACUCUGUUGUUAAAGGAAUUGGGGGCAUUGGUACUCUAAUAGAAAGUGACCAAUUUCCUGAUGUUGCUCAAAUUUUCAUGGCACCUGCUACCAUUGUGAAUAGUGUACAAGGGGACACUGUUACAAAAUAUAUACAAUCCACAAGAUCACCAUCAGCAAUGAUAUACAAAAGCCACGAGGUGCAAGUGCGAGCUCCAUUUACUGCUACAUUUUCAUCUAGAGGCCCAAAUUCAGUAUCCCAAAAUGUUCUCAAGCCUGAUGUUGCAGCUCCUGGCAUUGACAUCUUGGCAUCUUAUACUCUCAAAAAGUCACUCACUGGUUUAAAGGGGGACACUCAAUUUUCAGAAUUUAUUCUAAUGUCUGGAACUUCCAUGGCAUGUCCUCAUGUUUCUGGAGUUGCUGCAUAUGUUAAGUCAUUUCACCCACAUUGGACUCCUGCUGCAAUUAGGUCUGCUAUUAUCACAACAGCCAAACCAAUGAGCAAGAGAGUUAACAGUGAGGCAGAAUUUGCUUAUGGGGCUGGUCAAUUGAACCCAACAAGAGCUGUUAGCCCUGGUUUGGUCUAUGACAUGGAUGACUUAGGGUAUAUCCAGUUCUUAUGCCAUGAGGGGUACAAAGGUUCCAGUUUAUCACCUUUAGUUGGUUCACCAGUAAAUUGCUCCUCUUUGCUUCCUGGGCUUGGCCAUGAUGCUAUCAACUACCCCACAAUGCAGUUGAGCCUUGAAAGCAGCAAAGACACAAAAGUAGGAGUUUUCAGAAGAACAGUGACCAAUGUAGGUCCUGCUCCAACCAUCUACAAUGCCACCAUCGUUUCACCUAAGGGAGUGGAAAUCAUAGUGAAGCCAACUAGCCUCACUUUUUCUGAAACCAAGAAGAAGAGGAGCUUCAAAGUAGUUGUGAAAGUCAAAUCUAUUGGAAGUAAUAAAAUUGUAUCUGGUUCCCUUAUAUGGAGAAGCCCACGUUACAUUGUAAGGAGCCCUAUUGUUAUCAACAUUCCAUAAUAAGGUUAUGUUUAGCAGUGACCUAAGUAAGCUUUUAAAGUUUCCCUUUGUAUCAAUUACAGUUUGUUAAUCAUGUAACUACAGAUUUUCUUGAAGUCUGUAUCUAAUUCAAAUCGUCAAAUAAAGAUGGUAUGCUGUAACUUUUCACUGGAGCUUCAUGGCAACUCCAAAUUUACCAUAUGACAGAACCAAAAUUGGAAGCUCUUUGUUUAG